AAAUACAAAUACUUGAAAAUUUAUUUAGAAAGUAAAAAUAGUUGUAGUGUCUGCCUCUGGUUAAAAGGCAUUAUAGGGAUCUUUUAUGUUUCAUCUAGUGGUGACGUCCGGACCCCUUUACACAAUAAGAUGGAAAUGAAAUAUGAAAAUAACUUUCAAAGGAAAUAAACCACUGAUGUGAUGUGCUGAAGAGCAGAUAUCAUAUAUCACAUAUACAGAUACAGACAGAGACACAGCAGAUUUAAGAGAGAAACAAACAACAUCAAAAAAAUGGCACAGACGCUAUAUUUCAGACUUCUUCUCAUUGCUCUCUGUUCAUUAUCUGAAUGCAUUCAGCACCGCUAUCACCAUAUAAACAUAAAAAUGACCUGGACUGAAGCUCAGAGAUACUGCAGAGCAAACUACGCCGAUCUGGCGACCGUCGACAACAUGAAUGACAUGAAACAGCUGAUGAGUCAAGUAAAUAACAGUGGGAAUAUUGGCGUCUGGAUUGGACUGAAGAAUACAGGUGUUUAUAAAUGGAAGUGGUCUAUGGGUGAUCCUGUGAACUAUAAAAACUGGGAAGAAAACGGUGACAUUAAUGGUGAUGGUAAUUGUGUAUAUAUGAUAAAUGGAGAAUGGCGUCAUCAGUACUGUGGUCAGAAGCAAGGGUUCGUCUGCUACAAUGAGACCACCAAAGGAUUCAUCUAUCAAACUUCUAAAACAACCUGGAGAGAUGCUCAGAGUUUCUGCAGACAGCAUCAUACUGAUCUGGCGAGUGUGAGGAACCAGAAUGAGAAUGAUCAGAUUCAGAAGAUCAUUAAUAACAGUCAGAUAUCUGUCUGGAUCGGUCUGUUCAGUGACUCAUGGGCAUAGGCGUCAUUUACACUGGGGACGCUGGGGACAUGUCCCCACCACUUUUUGAAAUGGCUGAUUUUGUCCCCACCACUUUUUGAAAGCAUUUGUUAAAAUGUUCUGAAAAAUCAAGUCAUGCCUUUGUGGCCAUGGUGAAAAAGUAGUACACAUGGAUUAAAGUUUUCCAUCGCUAGAAAAUUGCAAAAUUAUUAAAUUCACUUUUCAUAAAGACGACGUGUAUUAAGUGGGAUGUGAUCAAAGCCUGGAGUGGAGCCCAAUCACGUUCCUCUCUCCACUGUAAGCGUUCUGUAAUCGCUACGUACCAGAUCCACUCCGGGUUUUGUGGCUGUAUCACGUUAAGCUGAGGUAAAACUUUAUUUCAGCUAGCAUGGACAAACUGAUAAUGCAGGAAGGCUUCGAUGUUUUGGAGAUCGAUAAAGGUGUAAAAGACCUGGAGAUUGACUUGGUUUAGCGAAAUGAUGAAGAUUGGCAAGCCUUUCAGUUCGCGGGAUAAGAAAACCAAACAGCCAGGUACCUUGCGUGUCUUUGCACAAUAUGAUUAGGGGUCCUGUAUUUUGAGGGUAAGUGAUUUCUCCCGUACGUGAACACCCGCGUCCCGUUUUUGACUGCUUUGCUGAUCUAACCAGUGGCUGAUACAACGGGUUUGUUAAACUCGUGGGUAAACUUCAUGUGGCGCCACAAGAACCAAGAGGCAGAUGACAUCCAAAUCCUGUGAUUGACGAGAAUCAUAAGAGGAGACUGCUUCCGAAAUGCUCUCGCGGCACUUUGAUGUCAUCCACCUGUCGGUUCAGUUCCAUUUGCGUGUGGUCACAAAAACGUAACAUUUAAGCACCGCAGUUUAAAAACAAGUGAUUUUAAGCCAUUCAAACACAAACAGUGCUGUUUCUGUUUCAGAGGAGUAUGCAAUUUGCGCAUUCGCUUCUCAUUGAGCUUGUGUUGUGAGUAUUUUUGCCACUUUAUUGGCCUUUAAUACAAAUAUGCGUCAAAAAUCCCAUCUUUCCAAGUAUCCUCAUAUAAACACGACCAUUUAGGUCUUAGGAGAAAGUAAACAGCAGAAACAUUGCGAAUAAAAUAGCACAACAGCGCUGCCUCUAUUGUAACAUAAUAUUUUGUUGAUAAAGGUACAGUCAUCAAAUUUACAACUGUCACUAUGGUUACAGACAUCCUGUGCGAAUUGUACACGAGUUUGACUGGAGUUAACUCGUUCAGGGUUUAUAUUCAUACAUAACGUUACUGUAUUAGAGCUGUGACUUUAAGCUGUUGUGUGAACAGAACAGACCCUGGAUUAUUCGUAUAUGUGUACUGAAUAAUAUGAUAUGAAAAAGUUGUGUUUGAUCAGUCAGAAGAAUUUUUUUCACUUUAAUCCAUGACUUCCAUAGUCUACUUAACAUGCUUUAU